UAUAUUUUACUGAUUGCUAAUAUUUCACUGAUAACAGUAGAGCAUAAAACAAUCUUAGCUACAGAGGCCAAUACUUGUUCAUGUUCGUACCCAGAGAAUACAAGGAUAUUUCCUCUCAAAUAUAUGUAUGUAUACAUACAUAUAGUCAACAAUGCUAACCAACUUCUUACUCGCAUGUUACUUGUCCCACACUCAAUGGACAUAAAUGUGGGAAAAGUAACACGGGUUCCACUUGCACUGCUGCAACUUCAGUUAAGAGUUGACUGUUGAGAACGGCGAACAUGGGACUAGCGGCUUGUAUAUGUACAAAAAUUCUGCAACUUAUUUCUAUAGUGGUAGCUUUAAUUGUGAAACGACUGUCCGACAAACAUUCCGAGAGAGUUUAUGUCAGCAACCAAAAGCAAUCGAGGGAGUGGAGGCUUCUAAACAGCAUUUCAGGGACAAAGGAAGGCGACGAUUUCAGUACGCUAACCUUCGUUGGUUUCACAUUCAUUUCGUCGGUGUUGCUUCUUACAAGGAUAAUUAAACGAAAUUCGAAUUAUGAUACUUGUGAAAUUAUUCUUUUAUGUUUUGGAUGUCUGUUCUUCACCAUAGAGGGAUUGCUCAUACUUUUUACUGUGGAACAGUUGCCUGAGCAGAUUUUAACAUAUGCCUAUUCGCUUGGAGCGCUUUCCUUUUUGUGUGCCGCCUUGUUCGCUGUGGAUCUGUUGUUGUUCAAAAACUUGCUUAAGUCUAAGAACGCUGCUGCCCAAACGGAUUAUCAAUUAAAGGAAUCUUCAACUGUAACAAUGAAAGUGUUUAACGUUUCCAAUGCAGACAAAUCCAAUUGUUGCAACAGUUCUAAUCUUCCUAAGUUCAAUGUGAGAAAUGAACAAAGUGUUUUACGAACCGAUCUAUAAGGAAAACUAUGUAUUUUAGAAACAUUUUCUUUCACUAUCUGUUUCUUCCAAGUGCAAUAAAUAAAAUAUGUUGACCAAAACUA